UAUUAUUUGUUAUGUUUUUUUUUUCCCUCUCUAAAUUUGAGUUGAUUCUAAACAUAACAAAAACAUUCUCAACCAGCAAAAUUAAACUAAACUGUAAAAAGUUAUAUUUUUGCUGGUUUAAUGCAACCUGUAAAAAAAAGAGCAGAUUUCCAAAAAUUGAUUUUAACCAGUAUCAAAAUCAUAAAUCAUAACUCGUAUCAACUAUACUGAAUUUAACAGAACAGAUUAAUUUUUUAGGUACCAUGUCGUCAUAUUACUUUACUAUCAUUGGAACUCGAGAUAAUCCAUUAUACGAGGUUGAGUUUUCAUCUUUCAAACCAUCAUCUUCAUCAUCUUCAUCUGCUAUAUCGUCAUCUUCAGCCGGGUCAAAUCAACCUCAUAUACCAGGUAAAUCUCAAUUCACCCCUAAAGUUCGAGAAAUCUUACCCUUCAUAGCGAAUUCAUCAUUGGAUAUCAUAGAGGAUAGUCAAUGGAGUACGAAUCAAUUCAAUCUUGGUCGCAUCGAUUCAUUCUAUGGAUUAUUGGUUAAUGCCUUUAUAACGCAAGGAAACAUAAAAUUCAUCUUAUGUUAUGAUAAUCCAAGUAAUGCAAGUAGUUCCCAAAAGUAUGAUGAGAAUUUAAUAAGACAAUUCUUUAUAGAUGUCAAUGAUUUAUACGUCAAAUGUUUAUUAAAUCCAUUUUAUUCAGUUAAUGAUGCUAUAAUAUCAUCUGAUUUCGAUUUAAAAGUUAAAUUAUUAGCUAGGAAAUAUUUAUAAAUUAUGAAUUUUUAUAAAUUAAAUGUAUAUAUA